CCAAGCUGUACCCAGAGGCCCCUCAGAGGGAGGGGGAAGCCUUGGCAGGUCAGACUGCUGGGGAGGGCUGGAGAAUGCUCAAGAAAGCAGGCAGGUGGGCUGCCAAUUCUUGGAAGGGCUCAUUAGUGAAAACCCCCAAGCCUGACCACCUUGGGGAAAGGCUCACCGUUCCAUGUGUAGCUGAUAAGGGCCAGGAGAUUCCACAGUUCAGGUAGUUCCCCCGCCUCCCUGGCGUUCUGUGGUCACCAUUAAUCAUUUCCUCUAACUGUGUAUAUAAGAGCUCUUUUGCCAGUGAGCCCAGUGCUCAGAGAGAAAGGCUAAAGUCCUCAAGAGGAUGUGGCUGCAGAACCUGCUUCUCCUGGGCACUGUGGUCUGCAGCUUCUCCGCACCCACUCGCCCACCCAGCCCUGUCAUCCGGCCCUGGCAGCAUGUGGAUGCCAUCAAGGAGGCCCUGAGCCUUCUGAACCACAGCAGUGACACUGCUGCUGUGAUGAAUGAAACAGUAGAAGUCGUCUCUGAAAUGUUUGACUCCCAGGAGCCGACAUGCCUGCAGACUCGCCUGAAGCUGUACAAGCAGGGCCUGCGGGGCAGCCUCACGAGUCUCACGGGCUCCCUGACCAUGAUGGCCAGGCACUACGAGCAACACUGCCCCCCCACCCAGGAAACUUCCUGUGAAACCCAGACUAUCACCUUCAAAAGUUUCAAAGAGAACCUGAAGGAUUUCCUUUUUAUCAUUCCCUUUGACUGCUGGGAACCAGUCCAGAAGUGAAGCAGGCCAGACCAGCCGGAAGCCAGCCUGGGAGCUUACCUCACAGAUCACUGCCCUCCUACCCACAAAGAGCCAAACAAAAUUCAGGAUCUUCACACUGGAGGGACCACAGGGAGGGCCAGAGCUAUACGGGGACACUGACUUGUUCAGGGCCAUGUUGACCCUGAUACAGGUGUGGCAGGGGAAACGGGAAAUGUUUUACACUGGCAGGGAUCAGUAAUAUUUAUUUAUAUAUUUAUGUAUUUUAAUAUUUAUUUAUUUAUUUAUUUAAGCUCAUACCCUAUAUUUAUUCAAGAUGUUUUUCUAUAAUAAUAAAUUAUUAAAAGUAUGUUCU